AACUUACUCCAUCUCCGUCUCGGUCCCCACAGACUCCAGCAAUCUUGGGGCGAAAUCCAACAUCGAGCACUCAGACGUCAAACCCAGCAGAGCAAAAUUCGAUGCGAAGGGGUCGUCCCCGCCUGCGUGUUGCCCCAUGCAAGUUCUGCCACAAGCAGUUCAAGCGCUCGGAGCAUUUGCAGCGGCAUGAGAGAAUCCGUAUGUGGUACAGUCCUGGCCAAUGUCUAGACGGACUCUAUUGCUAAAGUGUUUGUGCUUCUAGAUACCCAAGAGAAGCCAUUCGUCUGUCGUUGUGGGCAGAGCUUUUCGAGACGGGACCUUCUCACCCGUCAUCACCGACAAUCUCAUCAGCAGGAUGAGAAUCAAGAUGGGGUUAUCCAAUGUGCAGAAGAAGACUCGCCCAGCCAGAUGACUCUGUCAACCUACAUGCCUCCUUCUGGAGAAGCAUCCAGACCGCAUACUCCUCUCCCGGUGCUGCAAGAAGAAGAAGCCGUCGAUGUAAUGGACAGUAUUCCCGAACAGCGCAUUGAGAUGGAAGAUAGGCCAGAAGUUAACUCCGAGAGACCUCCUACCCCGGCCGAAACGACAGCUGGACUAGAGCUCGAAUCCUCCGACUUGUCAGCUACCCCCAGCUUCCUCCUUGGCGCAGCAGACGGUCUACAGGCAUUUGAGUUCAUAUGGAAUGACUUUCCCAUCGACGAUCAACCACUUCCGACUACCUUUCUCAAUACUGAUCUAUCUCUCGUCGACAUUUCGCAGCAGCAUGUUCCCUUGCCCUCUCCUCCACCACCGCCACCGCCACCGCCACCUCAUCCUCCUGCAUUCCCUCAAGCAGACCGUCAAUUGGAUAUUGGUUCCUCUAGAGAAAUCCCGACGGAUCCGAAUCUCAACAUACCCAUCAACAUAAACCUACCUCAAGAGACAUCACAGACCCGUCCUGUGGUGUCAAGACUGCCGUCUCUUGAGCCCUCAUCCACUUCGAGAUUGAAUGCUUUGGAGCCGACUGCGAGCUACCAGCAAUAUUUGGCUCCAGGACAGAUAUCGUCUUCCUGUCCUUGGCGGAUAUUGCCGGAAGAAUACCAAGCUCUUGCACAGCGAGUAGCAUCAUUGACAAGCACCAUCCCUCACCCCUUUAACUUUCCAUCGAGGCACACGCUAUCUCGGUAUCUCGAGGGGUACUUCCGUGGCUUUCAUGCUCACAUGCCUAUGCUUCACGCGGCAACUCUUACGCUGGAAAGGCUGGGUCCAGAACUCACACUAGCCCUCGCUGCUGUUGGAGCGCUAUAUCGCUUUGAGCAUGCAAAAGGCAUUGAGCUGUAUCGUGUUGCCAAGGUGCUCAUCAAUCGGCGGUUGGACCAGUUCUACGAAGGAACUGUCUCGCGCCUUACCGGCAGUUCUCCAGGAUUUACGGGGUUCUCCUCCAUCCCCAACGAGUCACAGCAUGAUCAGCCAUCUCCGAUCCUGUCCCAAGGUCAACGUGGUCUACGCCUAUUACAGGGACUACUCGUCCUCAUGGCCAUGACAUCUUGGGGCGAGAAAGCACUGGUGCGGGAUGCUUUGUCCAUGGCCAGUCAGGUUGCAACCCUUGUGCGCGAGUUUGGCAUCGGUGAGCAUGAGGAUACUGUCAUGAGGGACAUGUCUUGGGAGGAAUGGAUUCUUGCCGAAGAGAAACGCCGCACUCUCUUUGUGGCCUACGUACUCUUCAGUCUGCAGUGUGCUGCCUUCAACGUUCCCCCAAUGAUUUUGAACCAGGAAGUCGGUCUCAAUCUGCCUUCCUGUGAUUCUGAAUGGAAGGCUCAGACGGCGCUUGAGUGGUCCGAUCUUCACAACAGCAUUACAUGCCAGCCUCGGUCAUUCCAACACACUGUCGAGAAACUACUCCAGGGGAUAUCAGUUCAUUACGAGGAUGGCAUCUCGGCCUUUGGCAACUAUGUGCUCAUCCACGGCAUAUUUCUCCAAAUAUUCUAUGCCCGUAACGCCUUGGGCCCAGUGUCAGACCCAGGGAGCUCGCUCAGUGAAGAGUUCAUAAAGAAGAUGGAGGCAGCUCUCCGUGCGUGGCAAGAAUCCUGGGAAGCAACACACGAGUCGACUCUAGAUCCAUCGUCUCCAAAGGGACCAAUGGGUUUCAACUCAACUGCUCUAUUACGCCUUGUUUAUAUCCGUUUAAAUGCAAAUACUGGACCGUAUCGGCAACUCUUCACACGAGACCCUACCGUGAUUGCACGUGCUUUUACAGAUGGUAAGAUCAGAGUCUGCAAUAGGUCGCCGCAUCUCGAUAGGGCUAUUUUGCAGUGUAUACACGCAUUGAGCAUCCCGGUGCGCGUGGGCAUCGCGUUUGUUGCUCGUACUCUCACGCUUAAUUGGAGUUUCCAACACGCCCUUUCUAAUCUUGAGUGUGCUUUUCUGAUGACUUACUGGUUGCGUUCGCUCGCUCUUUGUGUCGAGUCGUCAGGAUUGAGUGCCUUGAGGCCGGAUGAGCAGAAAUUACUCGAUAUGGUUGUGGCUCUGAUUCGAGAGACAGAGCUUGCGGACUUAUUAGAUAGUGCCAGGGAUCAUGCAAGUCAGAUACGGAGAUUGGCAGCCUGCGUUGCUCGUCUCUGGGCAGAGACGUUUAAAGGGUUCCAGGUUUUUGAGAUUGUGUAUAUUGUCGGACAAAGCCUUUCUGUUGUAGCGGAUGCUCUUCAGCAAGAAUAAGGGCGGCGGCAGAGGUGCAUAUCAAGGUCACAUGAAGCUUUAUUGCAUGGUUUAAUAGUCGCAUGCUGCAAGUUUAUUACGAUGUGCCGUCUGUGGAGCACUCAAGUUCGGCUCCGCUGGCGACGAUCUAGCCACAGAAAGAACGUCACAACAUAGCUUCAAUGGAUUGUUUCCAUCAAGGUGGUUAAACUUUUAGGCAAGGCCGGCAGCUGGGCAUUUUUCCUCCAGGCAGCUCGGGGUAACAAUUCUUGGGCAGUGCAGGCAAUGCCGCUGUUGCGAAUGCCAAAAUUCUUGGGGUAGAUACAUCAUUAAUCAACCGAGGCAUGUGCUCGUUCAAUUCCUAAAAAGGUCAAUUUCAUUCAGCUUACCCAUACGAAUACUUAAGACGGAUAGUGGCAAAUUGGAACAUUAUUCU